AUGAACACUAUUGCUGAUCACGUUUCGGCUUGUCUCCAAGAGUUCAAUAGUCUCUGCAGCUCUCCUACCAUAUGGGAGAAUGGGAUCCCGGAUAGUGAUGCUCAGGGCGAUGUAUCACUCUUGAAGCUGCAGAACGAGCUGGGCAGAUUCAAAGUUUGGAGUGGAAACAUCGGCGCUCAUCAAAAAGGGAGAAGCUCGCUCGAUCACAGGCUUCGAGAUGCGUCAAAUAUCCGGGAUCAGGUGGUUGAGCUCUUGGAGGACUUGAAGGAGUCUCUAAAGGAUGCCAAUGACAUUCUCACGGGGCAAUUAACACCAUGGGAUCAAGACCUAUCGCCAGCGGAGUUUCCAAAUGACGACUCCGACGAUGAACCAUUAAGCGUUGACGCAUCUGGGCCAUCCGAACUCUCCCAAAUAUUUGCUGCCAUCGUUGAAGACAUCAACUGCCUGUUCAGGCUCUCAGUGUCCAUUCAUAACCCUUCUCCUCACGAUCGCUUCAAGAAAGCCUGCUUGACCGAUACAUCUGGCUACGAGCCAUUUGACGUCCAGCAUGUGUGCAAUAAACUCUCUAAAGUCCCGAAGCCGAUCGCCAAAAGACUUGGGAAGGCAAUUUUUCGACGAAGGCAGUACUUCAAAUACAGAGAACUGCACCAUGACAAGCUGGCGAGUGGGCUCGAUCUCGACGAUCAGGACCAAAUGCAGAGUACAGUAGCCUCUUCGUUGCCGAAGAAGCUCAAUGUGAGUCAACCCAUCUCCUUGGAGGAGGAUGGGGAUGAUGUAUCGGAUGCCGGAAGGUCACAGACGUCUUGGGCAACAUCAGCUGCGAAUCCAGAGAGGCGGAAGAUACCUGCUCUUCCAGCGGAAGCCGAGAAUGGACCUUUCGAGUGCCCAUUCUGCUUCAUGAUGGUAUCUGUUACUUCGAGGAACCAUUGGAAGAAACACGUGUUCUCAGACUUGUUUCCUUACAUUUGCGUCGAGCUGGCCUGUCCGGCUCCAGAUCAAGACUUCCAGAGACGUCACCAGUGGGCAAGUCAUGUCAAGAAAUACCAUUGGAAGACAUGGUCCUGUAAGCUUGGAUGCAGCGAGACCUAUGUCUCUUUGCAAGACAUGAAGCGGCAUUUGGUACAGAAGCAUUCAGAAACCACGGAAUUGACCCACCUCACCAGUCUUCUUACCAUGUGCGAGAGGGCAAAGUCAGAGAACGAGCCAACAGACUGUCCUCUGUGCGGAGAAAGGCAAUUUUCGUUUAAACAGUACCAACGACAUGUCGGUCGCCAUCAAGAGGAUCUUGCUCUGUUUGCAUUACCACAUCUUCCCGGGGAAAAAGAUGACAGAAACGAAGAGUCUGAUUCCGAGUCCGAGGGAAAAGAAGAAGUGGAAUCUGAAGUUCAAGACGAGUCGGAGUACCGUUUUCUUAAUAUGAAUGGAGACGUAUGGCACAACCCUAGGAUAGACGCUAUGGACAGCAGUGAUGCAAACAAAGUCACCAAUGGCGUUGAAGUCCGACUGCCUAUUCGAUGGAAGUGUCCAGUCCUGUCCUGUCAGUACCACGAAAACGGAUUGUUUACCGAGGAGCAGAGGGACCACCACUACCGCGAGAAGCAUUCUGAAACCCCUGUCAUGUACAAGUGCCCGUUUAAGCCUUGCACCUACAAGUCAAGCCGAAAAACGAACUGCAUGAAGCAUAAGGAGAAGGCUCACGGCUGGACCCACAUCCAUCAGCAGGAGAAUGACAGGAUGCGGGUUGCGGUAUUAGAUACAGGCAUAGAUAAGACCGUUGUGCAGCCGAAAGAAUCCCUGGACCCAGACUCCGCAGAUGAGUCUCUAGAACACGCCAAAGACCCUGUAACGCACCACCGCAUCGAGAUGAUUGCUCCUAUCGAGAACAGAGAAAGUUUCGAUCCUGCCAAUGUUGAUGUUCUGCACCUUAGACACAAGGAAUCCUUACACACAUUUAAGUUUUCACGACAUGACAUUAGAGAUGGCAAGCUGCGAGUGUCUAAUAUCAGAGAGCUUGCAGCGGGAAUGUCGCAUGUUCCUGCGAGCUUCAGACACCUGGUCGAACUUUAUUGCAAAGACGUUAAACUAUUGAUCGAUGGCACGCCGAUCCGAAACUAUGGUGUAUCAAGGGGUGAUACAAUAAAAGUCGAAGCGCCGCAGUUCAGGAACUCUAGUCCAUUAAGCAGUCCAGCUCGUGAUGAUCCUGUGCUGGAUAACGGGCGUGGCACUGAGGAGAACAUGGAAUUCGAAGGAAAAGUAGAACGUGACGAACGACGAGCAGAGUUCUCCUCGGAGUUACGACAAAGAGCUAUGGUGGAAUCUUUCUAUCAAAAGGUUUCUGCAAGCUAUAACUCGCAGGGUGAACCAAGAGAAGAGACAGAUAGCAAAAGGAAUGGUGUUCGCAAAAGGACAAAGACUGGAUGUUUAACAUGCCGCAAGCGUCGAAUAAAAUGCGACGAAGGAAAGCCGAUAUGCAAUAACUGUAUCAAAUCUAAACGUCAUUGUGAGGGCUACAGCCAAGUUGUUAGCUUUGGGGGCUCUAUGGAUGCGAUACAUGGAGCGCCAGUCCCGGAAAUUGAGUCAGAUCUCGAGAAACUGGAUGCCCCUUAUGCUUCUGGACCUAUCCAACCAUCUACAGAGGCCGACCACAAGGUUGUUGAAAGCUCUACACCUGGAGUUAGAUGCCCCACCUGUGCCUUGGAAGGUAAAGAAAUAUGGGUUAUUCCCGGGCGCUGUUGUGGAUAUUGUGGAACACCAUGUGCGGAGGAGGAUACCCUGAGUCUAGACGUUGAUGAUUCGUUCCUAAAAACUAACCUUUACGAGGACUGGCCUUUGUUCCCAACAACAGGCGCCAGUGACGAGGAACUGCCCAAUUCAACUCUCGAAGGUCCCAAGAAGAAACAAGUAUCGUGCCCGAGCUUCUCGGUCAAUGGUUACUGCAUGGACGGAGCCGAAUGCCCAUUCAUCCAUGAUCCGGCCAUGAUAUCCACUUCCGAUCCGUCCAGCAAGCUCGCUGCCACCGUGGGACCUUUUACGGAUCCCGACCUCACGAUGAGCAGUAACGAAUUCAAGGUUUGGAAGGCUUUGCGUGCGUUGGAGAACGAAUUGGAAGUGGGAUGGAUUCCGAUAUGCAAUAAAGCCAUUAUCUCAGACGAUGGUUCAGCACAAAAGGGAGAGGAACGGCUCGGACUUAUCAAUGGAAUUCAUUCGAAUGUCAUAAAGAAACUGAGGCGAAUUGAACAACUUAGCAGGCCUGAUAUCAUGGCAAAGAGACGCCAUAUCGAGGCAAUGGUCGACGACCUUCUAACAAGGCUUGGAGUGGUGUCAAUGACAGGAACAGAUAGCUAUCAGAUAACAUAG